AUGUCUUUUAGCUGUUGGUGGAGCGCAGGGCUGACGUCAGCGAACGCUGACAUCAUCCCCCCCUCGGGCUCGAACUUGGGCAAGAGCUGCCUUCAGGCCAACCCGUCUUCAUGGGUCCCACCUCCAGCCCAGGCAAAAAUGGCCCUUUGGAACUGGCUUUUUGGCUUGGACUCCCCUCAGCCCCGGGCUUGGGCUCCUCGGUGGAGUUGUUCUAAGGUGCACAAGGUAUCCUUAAGGGUUUAA